GGCCGAUUAGUAAUAAAUGAAGUUGACAGUUGACGUUAUUGAUUGGAAUAGUACUUGAAAAAUACAACGUGCUUAUUAUUAUAAUCAAUUUGUUUGUAAACGGAAGAAAUAUCAACAAAAAAGCGUAUUUCACGUAAAUAUUACAAUGGGCUCUAAGAAACACAAGAAAGAGUCAAAGAAGAAGAAGCACAGGAGUCGAUCUCGAUCACCUUUGCAAAACGAGGAACGAGAACGCAAAAAGCAUCGCAAACACAAGGAUCGCAAACGGGACCGCUCCCCUGACGUUGAGGAGGUACCGGUGGACUCGCACCUGGUGAAGGAGAAAGAGUCGACGCGCUCGCAGAGCCGUAGCAGCAGUGAGAGCCGCGAGCGCCGCGCGCGUGACCCCGCCCGCUCCCUUCGCGACGAUGCCGAAAACAACAGGGAGCGCAGUUCGGAGAGCUCGGCGCUCACGGCGGAGCGCUCGCAGUCGCCGCCGGGUCCCGGCGCGCAGGAGAGCCUGUCCGUGGACGACACCAACAAGCUGCGCGCCAAGCUCGGCCUCAAGCCGCUCGAGCACGCAGAGAAGCCCGCCGAGGAUGGCAAGAUCAAAGACGACCUAGGCGAGUUCUAUCACAAACCAGCCGCUAACAUCUCGCAACAGAAAAAGUCUGAGAAGAUCCGAGAGAAAUUAGAACUGCGCAAAGAAAAGAGGAAAAUUGAACAAAAAUUACAAACAACACUCCUGGCCGAAGAGUCUGAGGAUGACGACGCCGCUGCCUGGGUACAGAAGUCACGAGAUAUCGACAAACAGAAACGUGAAGCUGCUAAAAGGGCCGCCAUGCUGGACGAGAUGGACGCGGUGUUCGGCGUGUCGGAGCUGCUGGCCGAGGACGAGCGGCGCGAGCGCCAGCGCAGCUACACGCGCGAGCAGCUGCGCGGCCUGCGGGUCGCGCACGACCUCGACGCGAUCGGUGACGAGCGCGAGGUGGUACUGACGCUGGCGGACAAGGACGUGCUGGCCGAGGACAAGGAGGAUGUUCUCGUCAACGUCAACAUCGUCGACGACGAGAGGACCAAGAAGAACUUGCUAGAAGCUAAGAAAGCUAAAGCAGGUUACCGCGCGUACGACGACGAGGCCGACCUGGAGGCGGCGGCGCUGGGCUUCGCGCGGCCUGUACUGGCCAAGUACGACGACGAGAUACACAAGGGCCGCGACGACAAGACGCGCGGCUUCCACAUCGGGGACGAACACUUGCUCGACGACAAGCACUUCCGCGACCUCAUGCGCCAAGAGCGUCUGCAAGGCGGCGGCGAAAAACGUCUGGAGAGUUUGAACUUGCCGCAGCUACGCCUCGCCUCUGACUACCUGGACGAGCACGAGAUACAGGCCAAGUUCAAGAAGUCCAAGAGAAAGGGCAAGAUACGCAAGAAAGCUAAGCAAGAGCCCAUAGACGUGGAUGACUACGACGCCGGCACCGCGCCGCUCGAGACCGACGACACGGACGUGAAGCCUGCGCAGCUGGCGGGGCUGGCGGGGCUGGCGGGCGACGCGGACGACGCCGAGCCCGACGGCGAGCUGCAGGCCGCGCUGGCCCGCGCGCGCCGCCUGCGCCAGGCCGCCGCGCACACGCACAAGGUGGAGGAGAUUUUAGAACGCGUCAAGGAAGAGCCGACCGACACUGAAGCGGCAGCCAGCUCCAUGGUCCUCGACGCCACGGCCGAGUUCUGCCGCACGCUAGGCGACAUCCCCACGUACGGACAGGCCGGCAACCGGGACCAUCUCGCGGAGAUCAUGGAUUUCGAGCGUGAAGACAUGGAAGUAGAACCAGAGGGAGACAACAACGCCGGUGCAUGGAGUCGCGUCGACGUCGACAACGAGAAGCCCGCAGACCUCGCCGCCGGCUCGUGCGUGGGGCUGGCGGCCGAGCCGUCGCUGGGCGCGGGCGUGUGGGGCGCGCUGCAGCUGGCGCUCAGCAAGGGCUACCUGGAGCGCGCCGGCGCCGCGCCCAUGCCGCACUCCGCCGCGCGCCAUCUGCUCACCGCGCGACACUACUCCAUCGAGGACAAGACCUACGGCGAGGACGACAAGUACGGUCGUCGCGAGCGCGGCGGGCACUCGGGGCCGCUGCAGGACUUCCGCGAAAAGAACAACUUCCGGCCGAAUAUCAAGUUAGAGUACGUGGACGACGACGGGCGCCCGCUGUGCCCCAAGGAGGCCUUCCGCUACCUGUCGCAUAAAUUCCACGGCAAGGGCCCCGGCAAGAACAAGCAGGAGAAGCGGAUCAAAAAGGCCGUGCAGGAAGGGUUAAUGAAGAAGAUGAGUUCGACGGAUACGCCCCUCGGCACGUUGCAGAUGUUGCAGGACAAGCAACGCGAGACUCAGUCACCGUACAUCGUGCUCAGCGGCGUCAAGCGAGAGAACACCAACUAACCUACACAACACACGAUAUACCGGGAUUCCUCCACCAGCCUUAUAUUAGUACAAAAAAAACGUAAUAAGAUUUCGGUCGGCAUCCACAGAACACACUCUCAACAUGUUAUGAUAACAUUACAAUAGACACAUACUUACAUUCUAGAACAUUCAUAUUUGGUAACAUUUCACUGGUUUGUAUAUUUUCGUAAAACUUUAUGUGCCUAUAGAAUAAACUUUAGACCAACAA